AUGGUGCUCCUCACUUCAUCUGCAGUCUCGGUUGUAAUAUCGAGCAGUAUCGUGUGUCUAUUUACGUUUUUGCUUUUUUUGUCCGGAUAUGUCCUGCAACAACAAACCGUUACAGCAUUGCGAGAAGCAAUACGCCAACCUCCCGAACCAAAACCUGUGCCGACGCUACCACCCCAAUUCCGAACCCCGGACAACCAGACAACGUUCGGGAUCUUCGAGGACAAAGAAGAUGAGACGACUCUCCCAGUGUUAGACGCUCAAAGCCCAGACGGAACUGGAAACGUCGGGGAAUCCAUACAAGUUCCCAUUCUUGAGAGACCCGACCAAGUUCUCCUUGCCGAACCAAGUGACGUUGCGCCAGCUUCCAAAGAGUCUGAUCAGAGAACGGACUCUGCUGGUCCUCCUCAACGUCUCGCUUACAUUUUUGCACUUCUUGAACCAUCCGACCUAUGUGCCGCACUUCUGUUUGCCAAACAACACAGAUCUUCCUCUCAAUUGCCGACCCAACCUUCGAUCGUGCUUUUAUAUCCAUCCACCUGGGAAUCAGGCACCUCAUCCCUUCAAACGUCUGCGCUGAGCUUCAUGCGUGACGUGCAAGACUUGUACGAUCUCGUAUAUCGUCCUGUCCACAUCCGUCCAGGAUUGGAUGUAAGAGCGCAGCUUCUGGGUGAGCUGCAGUGGAAACGAUGGGAUUAUGAACAGGCAUUAUACCUGCGGACCCCUGGACUAAUGCUCGACGGGGCGGCACUAGAUGGUGCCUUGGGGUCCAGCAACCCCAGAGAUCCUUGGGCCCCGCUCAAUCCGGCAUCUGGCGGCAACCCGGAUGUUCUGCUGCUGACCAAGAAGGCCCUCCACAGCCCUCGGAAAGAGAUGAGAAGGUUGGCUAUGACUGCUACUGCUGGUCGUGCAGAACCAGAAGAAGGGCCCAAUGCCGAAAUUUCCUCGGGAAAUGCUGCAUAUGUGAUCUUUGAAGAGGAGGAUCUAGCCCGUCCUGGGCCAGAUGACGAAGUGUAUCGAAACCUCGUACGUCGAUUUGAGGAAGGACGAAGAUCCGUUUGUGCUGGCAGUGGGUUACUGGAUGACAACUCGUCGUGGGAAUUAUGA